AUGGCGUCUCAAGGAACUGCAGGAUCCAAGAACACCGACGAUAACAGCAACAAGAUUGGAAUUCCACCAAUCGUAAUCUUCUCUGUGUGCCUUGCUGCUUCCGCAGGCUUUACCAUGUAUACCAAACGAGCUUCCUCCAUGCUGCGAACAAUGGAAAAGGUCACAGAACGGCAAAAGCUACGCAACCCUCCUCGAAUUGGUCCGCCCACAAAAGAAGAAUGGGAAAAGAUGCGUCCGCGAUGGACCGAUGAUGACAUCUAG